AUGAAGCACAAGCCCGUCAACCCGCAAACAGCCUCUAGCCUCGACACGCUCAUGGGCGUGGAUGCGAGCAAGAAGCGCAAGGAACAUAAAGCACACGACGUCAAGCCCGAGACGGCAAGCAGCAUCUCUGAUCUCAUGGGUCUUGACGUCAAGGCGACGUCGCAUGAGAGGCAGUUGCGUGGGCGCGAAGAAGAAAGAUCCGAGAUCAAAGGAAAAGGUGCCAAAAUAGAUACCGUACUUGGCGCAACGGUGUCGGACGGCAAGAGUAGGGAAGGCUCCCGAGGUUAG